AUGGUAGCUCCCCCCGGUCCCGGCAGCCCGAGCUGGCACCAUCAGCAUCCGCCGUACCAUCCCGACAUCGAUAACACGCAACCAGAGGGCGAGUCUCCUCUCAAUGUCUGCAACGUCGAAAGACUCGGUUUCCAGGUCGCCAACAACAGCGCCAGUUACCGCGAUCUAGGCUUCACCGGAGAGAUUGCUGGGAAAUGGUAUGCCGUUUUUGGCGACACCAUGUGGUGCGCCCCAGGGAUUUCCAACUUCCUGGAGGACACUCCCGGAUUUCAUGGCAUGGUUCGGGACUCGGUCUCCCUGUUGACUGAUGACCCCUUGACGGUGGUCGAUCUCAACCUGAACGACGACUCUCCCGUUCCGCAUCAGAAUCAGUUGAUCCCGUUCAACGAGGAAUGGGACGAGACGAACCAGUACGGGUUCGGCGGCACGAGUCUUUGCGAGACGGAUGCCGAGAACGCUACGGCUGCGCUUUACUACCUUGUGAACGGCAACGAAACCGGCGGCCUCGUAGGUGCCGGCGUCGCCAAGGUCGAGGUUAUCAACGACACUCCCACUGUCACAAAACGCUUUGGCGACAGAGGGUUCUGGUGGGAUUCCAACACCACCGCCAAAUACGGCGACCAGUGCGCCUACCGCGACGAACGCUCGGAGCACAUUUACAUCUGGGGCGGCCCGCCGAACUCCGUUUCUGGAUGGCCGGGCGCCGGCUACGCCUACCUUGCCAGGGUCAAGGCAGAAGACGCUUUCGAUCUGGACAAGUACGAGUACUUCUGGGGUCGGCAGCAGGGAUGGAAGUCAGAGGUUCUCACCAAGUUUGAUGCGGAGACGGCGGUGUGGUGGGCGGUUGGUCAGGGACAGGUGGCUUGGAAUGAGUAUUAUCAGUGUUAUGUGCUGGCUCAUUUGUCUUCUUUUGGUGAUGGCAAGGUAUACUUGCGAACGGCCACCUCUCUCGAAGGUCCAUGGACCCCGGAUGUCCAGGUAUACAAGAGCGAACCCAUCAAAGGCGGCUUGGUCUAUGCUGGAGUUCAGCACCCGUACCUGGAUCCCACUGGCCAGACACUGGUUGUGUCUUUUACGAACAACAACCAUAUCGAGGUCAUCAAAGUGGCUUUCGCUUAG